UUAGAAGACCCUACAACGUGAAAAAUAAAAAAAAAAUUUAAUUAUGUAUAAUUUAAUUGUGGAUAAGUUUAUAGUUGGUGAUUAACUAACUAUUUAUCUGUAUAUAGAGGUUAAAAUUAGUGCUAUUUGUGUUUACAAACAUUGCGUGAAAAUCUUUUUAAUUGCGUGAAAAUCUUUUUAGUCAUUAAUUAAAAAAUAAAUUAAAAACAUGUGCACGUGUCUAUUAAAAAGAAGAAUUAUAGUAAUGACUCUGGAAAGUAUUCAUUUACCUAUUCAUGUAUCAAUAGCAAUGGAUUUCGCUAUCAUUCAAGUGGCAUCAGGAGGUAAGAAGGUUGUCCAGCUCCAAAACAUCUUUCUGAUCGAUGAUGAUAACAAAUACACAAUCCGUGGAACAAAGGAUUUGAUCAAACAAGCUGAUAAUGGCCGCAGUAAAACUCUCCGUGUUUCAAUCAACAAGAAAUUGAUAGCUUGUACUGUUAUAGAAAUAAGUGAUGACAAAGAUUAUUUGUCAAGCAAAAUAAAAAGUCCAAUGCUUGGCCGUGGAAAAAGAUUGAAACCAGUUAAGAGGCUCAACUUCUCGCCUGGAAUGACGAAAGAUAAUCCAGUACCAUCAAGGAAGGUUCUUUCAAAUCGAGAAACGAACCAGGCUAUUGCUCAAAAGAAAAAAAUUAAAAUCGUACAAUCUAAAAAUGUGUCCCAAAGAGAAAGAGUUAUCAUUGAGAGGAUGAGAAAGAAAUUGAAAGAAAAUGUACAAACAACUGAGGUUGAACCUGAUCCUGUUGAACCCAAUCCUGGUGAACCUAAUCCUGUUGAACCCAACCCUGUUAAACCUAUUCAUAAUGAACCCGGUACUUUUACGUCUAUUACAAGCAUUGGAUUACCAGCAGAUGAUGCUUUAUCUAGUGGAACAUCGGGAAAUUCGAAUCAAGAGGAGAAAAAUGAUAUUCUAAUUGAAAAAAAUUCAAACGGUAAGGAUGUAGCGGUCAAUAAUGCGGAAUUGAUGAAACAACUAGAAAAAUUGCGAAGAGAAAAUAACCUACUGCUCCAAAAAUCAAGAAACCUGAAACGCCAAUCACAGGUGACACGAGCGAAUCAUUCAGAGCAACGACAACAUGAUCAGCAGGAAAAUGACCCACGACAAAAUGAACAAAAUGCAGAAAAAGAUGCCCAGGAUUUUCCACGUGUUGAUGAAAAUUACCAGAUCUCAGUACUGGAUGGAAUAGCUAUUGACUAUGAAGCUUACUUAAAAGCUGCACAGGCCAAAACAAUGCGACGACGAGCAAAUUUGAUUAUCGACGCUUUAUGGUCUGUGGAAGAGCAAGUUACAAGAUAUGUGAGUGACAAGUUAUACGAAGGCCAAAAAAAAGUUACUCCGCAAGAAUACAAUAACAUCAUAAAAAUUAUUGAAAAACUACAACGCCACAAAAAACUACGCUUGGAUGGAGAGAAUAAUCCUAUUGCUAAUAUCCGUCGAUGGGUGGGAGACAGACUAAAAGCAACUAAAAGUGCCAAUCCAGAUGUGAUGAAUCGAUUCUUAGUCUUUCAAGAAAUUGAAGAAGCUGAAAUUAUUGAUAGCGACCUAGAAGACGACGAAAAAGAGAAUGAGGAAGAUGACUUGAUAGAGUUGUUGAGUGAUUCUGAUGCCGAGUCUAUUAUACGACAGUGAUCAGGAGUAAACCUUGCAAUAAUGUCUCACUUUAUUAUUAUUUAUUAAUUAAAUUAAAACAUGUUUCAAUUUUUCAAUUCUUACAAAUUAUUGACUCAAUCAAAUUAAAACAUGUUUUCGUUUUUUAAUUUGAACUAAAUUGUUGA